AUGGAUGCGCAGAGGGCUUUGCUUGAUGAACUCAUGGGCGCAGCACGAAAUUUGACUGAAGAAGAGAAAAAAGGAUACCGGGAAAUCAGAUGGGACGAUAAGGAAGUUUGCAGAUUUUAUAUGGUUCGGUUCUGCCCCCAUGAUUUGUUCGUCAACACUCGGAGUGAUCUAGGGGCGUGCCCAAAAGUUCAUGAUCUGAAGUUGAAGGAGAGUUUUGAGAAGUCCCCCAGACAUGAUUCACAUGUUCCUAAGUUUGAAGCGGAACUGGCUCACUACUGCGAGAAGCUGGUUGCAGAUUUAGAUAGAAAAGUUAGGCGAGGCCGGGAACGUCUUGCUCAAGAAGUUGAAAUUCCCUCUCCCCCUCUGAUCUCCGCUGAAAAAUCUGAGCAGCUUUCUGUGCUUGAAGAUAAGAUAAAAAAUCUACUGGAACAAGUCGAGUCUCUCGGUGAAGCGGGGAAGGUUGAUGAAGCUGAGGCACUCAUGAGGAAGGUGGAAAUGCUUAAUGCCGAGAAGACAGCCUUGACUCAGCAACCACAGCAGGAUAAAGUGUUGAUGAUGGCCCAAGAGAAAAAAAUGGCUUUAUGUGAAGUUUGCGGCUCCUUCCUAAUAGAAAAUGAUGCUGCUGAGAGAACUCAGUCUCAUGUUACUGGCAAGCAGCACAUGGGUUAUGGCACGAUCAGGGACUUUCUCGCAGAAUACAAGGCAGCUAAGGAGAAAGCAAUUGAAGAAGAAAGAUUGGCAAGGGAGAGAGAAGCUGAAGAACAAAGGAAGCUAAGGGAAAGAGAAUAUGGAAACAGACGUAGAAGUAUUGAGUCAGUAGAUAGGGACAGGUAUCGUGAUCGAGAUCAUGACAGGGAGAGGGAGCAAUAUCCAGAACGAAAUCGUGAUCGUGAAAGGUCUCGUGAUAGGAGUAGCAGAGAAAGGCUGGAAGACGGAAGAAGAUCAGAUUGGAAGUACAACAGUUCGAGGAACAGAAGAGAAGGAAGGAGGGAUAGAUACUAAGAAUUUGACAGAAGGUCAGUUUCUCUUGUCGGCUGCAGUAAAAGAUGGUCAUCCAGGAACCCCUUUGCCCAUAUUAGAGGAUUAUGUAGAUAAAUGUCUGAACUCUGAAUUCUAAAGAGGUAGAUGUUUUUCUAACUAUCCGAGUUUCAUCUAUGUAUGCUUUGGAGUCUUGAGUUCUGUCUUCGUUAAGAUUAAAAUUGUUUUUGUUCUCACAGCUCUAUUGGGAUACCAUCUCCUAUCAUCAAUAUAAUUUAAGAAGAAAAGGUUGAGGUAGGUAUAACUUCAUUGUUGUGACUAUCUAUUUAAGUAUCACAAUUGGUAUAUUUUACUCGAACCUGUAAUUUUUUUAUCAUUUUCUAUUUGGGAUCAACUUGUCUUAAGUAGUAGUAAGAAACUGAUUUGGUACAUGUGCAUGCGUAAUAUUGUGGCUGAUUGAGAACGGAGGUUUUUACCAACUGUGAGGUAACAAAUGCGUUUAUUGUCACGUGUAGA